GGCUACGAAGUAUAAUACCCCCCCGCCUCCCUCUUCUGAAACGUCAGGAGGGGUUUAUUAUUUAAGUUUGUUUCAAGUGGGAGAGAAAAGUUUUCUUGCGGGGUCUGUGUUGCCUAGCAGCUCCUAGGCAGUGUACCUAAGGUUCCAGCGCGGACUCUGGAUAUUUCUACUCCCGAGAUAUGUCCCAGACAGUAACUUUGAACGGUCCCUCACCGUGGGGGUUUCGACUUGUGGGUGGAAGGGAUUUUAGCACACCUUUAACUAUUUCAAGGAUAACGCCGGGAAGCAAAGCCGCGCUAAGCGACCUGAGCCCGGGCGACACCAUCCUCGCCAUCAAUGGAGACAGCACAGAGGCCAUGACCCACAUGGAGGCCCAGAACAGGAUCAAGGCCUGCACCGACCGGCUCGUCCUGGUCAUCAGCAGGUCAGAAGGAAAGGCCUGGUCUCCGACCGUGUCAGAAGAUGGGCAGACGAGCCCCUUCAGAGCCAUCCCGGACCCUGAGAUUCAGGAUUCUUUCAGACCAAUCGGAAGUGGGCAAAUCAAAAAGCCGGUGCCGUACACCCCCGACGUGCCGCUCAAGAACGGGAACUCGAAGGCCAGCCUGCAGUACAACAACCCCGGCGGUCUCUAUGGCAACAACAAUGGGGAAGGGGCUCUUCCGAAGCAAAUGGCCGCCCUCAAUCUCAGCUCUCCUCACAGCCCGGAGCCGCAGGUGCAGUCCCCGAGCAGUCGAAAUGGGUUCGACCCGGAAUCCGCCGUCUACAAGAUGCUGCAGGACCCCGAGGAGCCGGUGUCGGCCCCCAAGCAGUCCGGCUCCUUCCGGUACCUCCAGGGAAUCCUGGAAGCUGAGGACGGAGGUGUCUCGCCGACCGAGAGGAUGAGGAGCUUGAGGUCCCCCGUCAAGUCCCCCAUCCCCAAACUGGGGAGCCCCAUCCCCGUGUCCGUGCCCGGUCUGCAGAAGCUGCCCCAGUGCACGCGCUGUGGGAUCGGCAUCGUGGGCACCAUCGUGAAGGCGCGGGACAAACUCUAUCACCCAGAAUGCUUCAUGUGUGACGACUGCGGCCUGAACCUGAAGCAGAGGGGCUACUUCUUCAUCGAGGAGAGCCUGUACUGCGAGACCCACGCCAAGGCCCGGGUGCAGCCCCCGGAGGGGUACGACGUGGUCGCCGUGUACCCCAACUCCAAAGUGGAACUGGUGUGAGCUCGCUGAACCCCCAAACCCCAAACCCCAACCCCCCCGCAGCACCAGCCCUCCGCAUCGACCCAGAAUUCCCUGUAAUGUUUCGUACGCACUGCAUAUCCAAACUCUGGCCAGGGGAAACGGAGGUGGGGAUGAAGAGAGGUGGAGUUUUUCCGAGGUUGUGAUGCUCUCGUCGUUGCCUUUCACACUUACAGCAUAAAGUACUAACCGGUCUUGUUUUUUUGGUUGGGUGGUUUCCUUAAUGAAUAUCGCUUGUUUAUGCAUCUGCUGAAGUUAGUAAGGUAAUUUUAACCCACUGAAGUAAAACAAAGAAACCUUCCCCCCCCCCCCCAAUAUCAGUAGCACUUGUGUCACAGUUUCUAUAUCUAUCUACACUAACUGCAAAUGUUUUCUGGAAUUGUACACAUUGUAUUUUCUUGGGACUGAUAUUUUUUUCAUUAUUCUUUCUAAAAAGAAAUAAGAAACAGCUUCUUCGAACAAGAUAAAUUGAACAAGGAUUGGGGGGGGGGUGUAUCUGCCUGGGAAAGGCCUCUAAGCCUCACAGUUUAAAUUAACAUAGCUUCACCAUGGCCGGCUUUGUCGCCUCUGUUUAAAUGCAUUCCAGUGCCACAGCAGAACGCCCCCCCCCCACACCCCCCCCCCCCACUGCAGGCCUCGAGAUGCUGAGGGGAGCUGGGAAAGGAGACAAGUCGAGCGCCAGAACGCAUGAACAUGUGGAAACGGUAUUCAGAUGCCUGCAAUGUAAUGUAAUCGUUUUGUUUAGGUUUUUGGCACCUAUUUGUAGACUCAGCGCUCGGUGGAUAAUGGACUAGGUUUGAAAGAUUUUUUAAUGUGGCGUAACAGCCGUGGUCAUAACAAAUUUGACUUUGAAAUUUUGGCGGAAGAGGGGGACGUUCCAGCGGGAGGCUGAUCAGAGUGGCCAGAUUAUUCCUGCUUUGUGGGGAAAAAAAUUUCUUUUGUUGGUCUUUCACAAAACAUUCUUUAUAGGGUUUUCGCUGAACAUUGCCAUGGUUAUCAUGAUAUCAGGAUUAUCUUGGUGACAAUCAUUAACCUGACUUUGAAUGAAUCGAAAGAUAAAAUUUGUAAAAUAUUUGAAAUAUUUUUUAAACGAGAAAAAUAAAAGCUUUUUUUAAAAAGGAAUUAAUGAUGAAAAAAUACUUGUGUGGCCUUUUUCCUUUUGAUAAUAUUUAGGGAAACUGAUUCCCCAUUCCUUUCAUAGCAAGGUGGAGUAGCACAUUGUACAUUUUUUGGAAUUAUAUAGUUGUGUUGUUUUUUUUUUUAGUACAUUGAGCAUUGUAUAUAUUAUUUCCUCUUUUUAUGGCUGUCUGUUUUUGAAAAGCUUUUAACAAACAUAACAUGUCAUUACUUUUGUUUUUGCUCCACGUCUCUGCACCAUUGAAAGGUUAACGGUGGUCUCGGAUGUUUUAACUUAUUGUUCUGUUGACGCAUUUGUUUUUGUUUUUUUCUUCCAUUUUGAUGUCAGUGUCAAUAAAGAAAAUUGCAAAGCCA